AUGAAGGAGAUCCGCAAAGUAAUUGUACUGGGCGCCACAGGAAAUGUGGGACAGCGCGUGAUAUCUGCUCUUCUGAAGGCAUCGUUUCAUGUCACGGCUGGUGGUAGAGCCUUGGGCUCUAUGUCCGACCUUCCUUCGGAAGCAGUAAAGAUUUCAGUUGACUAUGGCUCCCCAGAAUCGCUCAAGAACGCAUUUCAUGAUCAAGAUGCUGUCAUUGAGGCCUUCAAUCCCAAUGUUGCAAUAUUCCAAGAGCAGAUUGUCCAAGCCGCCAUCGAUGCUGGCGUACAACACCUAAUUACCCCCGACUUCAGCAGUGAUACUUUCAACGAAAACGUCGAAGAAUUAUUGAUCUUUGAGCCGAAGCUGAAGGCACAGCGUCUCCUUGAAUCUGCUGCUGAGAAACAUGGAAUCAACUGGACCGCUAUCAUUACAGGGCCAUUUUUUGAUUGGGCCAUCCCACGCAGUAUUUUCUGGGUGAACCCAAGUUCCAAAGAGGUCACGGUCUUCGGAUCCGGCAACCAGCAAGUGAGCAUGUCAGCGAUUGAUAUGGUUGGACGGGCGUCUGUUGCUGUUCUGCAAAAUCCCGUCGCCUUUCUGAACCGCGUCGCCUACUUUGCUGACUACACCGUCAGCUCUAAUGAACUGGUUACGACUCUCAGCAAUAUGGAUACCAGGGAGAUGUGGAAACCGAAUGAGAUUCCGCUUUCGGGCUUCCUUCAACGAGGAAAGGAACUUUGGUCUCAGGAUACAAUUGACGGAGUCCAAGAUAGGCUCAAUUCCCCAGCCUAUCAGAUUCUGGGGACGUAUGGUCUAUUUGAUGAGUCAAACAGAUAUGGCGCAGACUUUAGUAAGAAAGUCGAAGAGGGCUUCGGUAUCACACUGGCAGAAUUUCAGCAAAUGCUGCAGCAGGCUAUUUUUAAAUAG